AUGAACGAAGAGGCACUAUCAUUCCCUGAACAAGGGAAUUCGGAUUCCCACCCGGAGCCGCACCCCACCAAACGACACGGCUGGCAAUUUUGGGCCAUCUUUCCAGGCUUGUGUCUUGCAUCCGUAUUGUGUGCACUCGAUUCCACAAUCUUAUCAACCGCUUUACCAACCAUUACAGCCGAUUUGAAUUCAUCAUCAAGCUACGUUUGGAUAAUCAAUGCUUAUACAGUUACUUUUACUGCGAUACAGCCAUUUUACGGACAAUUUGCUGAUAUUUUUGGGCGAAAAAGUGCCACUAUAAUAGCAAUAUGUUUUUUCCUGCUGGGUAGCGGUAUUUGCGCCGGGGCAGGUCAUACUAGUAUGCUGAUUAGCGGACGAGCAGUUCAAGGGCUUGGGGGAGGUGGCUUAAGCAUCUUGCCAGCAAUGGUAGUUUGUGAUUUGGUUUCUUUGAGAGAGAGACAGAAAUAUACUGGUUUGAUCUAUGGAGCGUUUGCUAUUGGCACUUUCAUUGGGCCCGUAGUCGGAGGCUCAAUGGUCGAACACAUUGGAUGA